AAUGUAACAUAUUGGAUGCCAACCGACGUUAAGCCUCAUCGAAGAAAGAACUCUCAGCGGCCGUGUACACACUAUAUGCUGUCAGUGGUCAGGAUGAGUGUGAAGCAGUGUCUCGAGGGUCAGGUGUACUCUGUGCCUCUGAUCCAGUCAGACCUGAGGAGGGAGGAGGCUGUUCACCAGAUAGCAGAUGCCCUGCUCUACCUAGAGACCAUCUCUACUGACAUCUUUACCAGGGUGUCUGAGAGUGUAGAGCGGAAUCGCUGUCAGCUGCAGAGUGUGACAGAUCGGAUUAGGCUGGCCCAGGCCCGCGUUGACAAGAUCAAAGGCAGCAAGAAGGCCACCAAGGUGUUCUCCAGUGCUAAGUAUCCAGCUCCAGAUCGUCUCCAGGAUUACUCCUCCAUCUUCAGUGGAGCCACAGACCCCGCCUCCCAAACACGCCCCAGAUACCACAUACAGGCCAAACUACGACCCCUUGACGACAAGGACCUGCAGGAGAAGUUGUGUUAUUACCCGGUGUGUGUGAGCAGUAAGAAGCGUUCAGAGGAUGAGACCGAGGAGGGGCUGGGCGGUCUGCCUCGAAACAUCUCCUCUGUCAGCUCCCUGCUGCUGUUUAAUACUACAGAGAACCUGUAUAAGAAGUAUGUGUUCCUGGACCCCCUGGCGGGGGCGGUGACUAAAACACACACCACUCUGGAGACAGAGAAGGAAGAGAAACCAUUUGACGCUCCGCUAUCCAUAACCAAGAGAGAACAGCUGGAGAGACAGACAGCAGAGAGCUACUUCUAUGUUCCAGACCUAGGUCAGGUCCCAGAGAUAGACGUCCCCUCCUACCUACCAGACUUGCCAGGCAUUGCUGACGACUUGUCCUACAGCCAAGACCUGGGGCCAGGCAUCGCACCCUCUGGACCAACACACACCUUCCCUGAACUACCGACCUUCACUGGGGAGGACAUGGCUGGUUCUCAGUUCCAAGUUGCAGUCCCGCCUCCUCCCCCUCCUCCCCCACCAGAGCCCACACACACCCCCGCCCCUCCCCCUGGUCUCCCCCCUCCUCCACCUCCUCCCCCACCUCCACCUGCAGACAGCCCUGCUGAACCCAACCUCACUCGGAGCACAGCUCCUGUAGCGGGGGCUCCCAGCGAGGUGGUUGAAUCAAACAGCCGGGCCAGUCUACUAGAGUCCAUCCGCAACGCUGGAGGCAUCGGCAAGGCCAAACUACGCAACAUCAAAGAACGCAAGAUGGAAAAGAAGAAACAGAAGGAACAGGAACAAGUGGUAGCAGCAGCCAGUGGAGGAGACUUCAUGUCAGAUCUCUUCAAUAAAUUGGCCAUGCGAAGGAAAGGUAUCUCUGGUAAGGGUCCUGGAGGCGGGGACUCUGGGGAGGGCCCAGCUGGUUCUGGCAGCGCAUUCGCUAGGAUGUCCGAUGUAAUCCCGCCUCUUCCUGCCCCCCAUCAGCCAACCGCUGAAGACGAGGACGACUGGGAGGCCUAACAACUUAGACUUGCCAGUCAGAACCAAUGGAACUCUGAGCACAUCUAGCUCUAAGCCAAUCAGAGAACAGAAUACUGAGGCAAUUCUGAGGGAUAAAGCUAACGCUUGUUGAGGAGAGGUAAUGCUGUGCUGUCAGUGUGUUGAGUUUCUUCCAGAUGAUAGACAAUGGUGGGAUGUAGCAACUAGGUGUUUUUAGUGACAGAGAACAGAAGUCUGAGUACAGUGUGGAGUACGAUUUAGUAAACGUGACUGUAUGAAUGACAGUGUUUUGAUAGCGCUGUUUACGGUUGAGACACGCGGCGACAGAGGAAGGUUGAACAUAUGAGCUGAGGGCUUUAUGACUUAUUUCACUAGCUCACUUUUUUAUGAAUGCCUAUAACCAUAACUUUUGCAGAUUAUAUGAUUGUUUGACGAUAGUGACAUGGUCCCUAUGUAUGCAAUCAGCCGCAAUUCCAGUGUCUGCCAUGUAUUUGACCCAGGUGUGUUAUAUAGUUCAGUGACUCCCUCUGCUGGUUUUCUGUAGUUUUGAUCAGAACUCAGGAACCAUCACGGACUGAUCAUUACUGAGAAAAUGAAAGGACAAACAACUACAGGAGAAAAGUCAGACCUCAUCUCAGCAUUGUAAAGAUGUUUAAUAAAGUAACACCACACUAAAGUAGCAGAACAUUUCAAUCAGAAUGUUAACAAAUUUCAUUCAAUAAAUGGCUUUUUGCAUUUAAAAUAAAACUGUCAGUGGAGAGUUGACUGAUCUGUACUGCUGGAGAGGUGUGUGUGAGACAGACAGAGCCUAAACCUGCAGUGCCUUCAGAAAGCAUUCACAUCCCUUGAUUUUCCCCACAUGUUGUUACAAAGUGGGAUUAAAAUUGAUUUAAUUGUCAUUUUGUUGUGAAUGAUCUACACAAAAUACGAAAAAUAAAACAUCUUAAAUAUUUAA